CCUUUCCCAUUUCAUGAAAGGCAGCUCAACCCUUUCAUAGUUUCAUCUCUCAAUCUCUCUCUCUCUCUCUCUCUCAAACACACAUAAUAUUCCCCUUUCUCUCUCUAGGCAUUAUUCCUCUGAUUUCUUUUACUGCCUCUUCUCUCUCUAACCUUAUUCCCCCCUACCUGGACACUGUAAUGCUCUCUCUCUCUCUCUAACCUUAUAGUAGUAGCAUCAAGCUUUCUCUCUCUCUCUAGAGGCCUUUCCUUUCUCAUCUCUCUAGUUCUCUAGAACACACACACACACAAACCCCCAUACAAAAAUGAUAUGCUACUCAUGACCUAAUCACCCAAUUCCCACUACCUCUCUUCUCCUCUCCUUCUUCUCCUCCUCCUUUUCUUGGAACCAAACAACAACAACAAACUUACUCUCCCACACUUAGCUAGCUCACACACCACCAUUGUUGGCUAGCUAGCUAAGCUUUUAAUUUGUUGAAGCAAUGAGCACAACUACUGCUACUACUACUCCUCAGCCUUCUUCUUCCUCCUCUGACGAAGCUGCCAUGGCGCCCGAUCUCUCCCUCCACAUCAGCCCACCGUCGCCGGCGCCCGCCACCGAGCCGAGGCUGGAGCUGGGGCUCGCCGACGACACGGCGGUGGCGGCGGCGAAGACGACGACGGACGAUGAGCGGCGGCGACAGCCGCACCAGCCGAUCCAGACGGCGCAUGGGUUCAAGAAGAGCUCCGGCUCCGGCGGCGGUGGGAAGAGGAGCGCGAGGGCUCCGAGGAUGCGGUGGACGACGGCGCUGCACGCGCACUUUGUGCAUGCGGUGGAGCUUCUUGGCGGCCAUGAGAGAGCAACACCAAAGUCAGUCUUGGAACUGAUGAACGUGAAGGAUCUUACUCUGGCUCAUGUUAAGAGCCAUCUGCAGAUGUAUAGAACUGUGAAGGGCACAGACAGAUCAUGUGUUGCAGGCCAUGGCCAGGCCAGCAGAAAGAUGGGCUUCCUGAUGAGAAGAGGUCUUGUUGCUGAAGUGGAUAGCUUUGAUGGAUUCAACAACAACAACAUGGUCAACACUACUUCCAACAAUACUACUUCUAGGAAGUCCCAGUCACCAGGAGAGCAGCAGCUGCAGGAUCUUCAGAGCGGUUGGCCUCCUCAUUACCUCGCAUCAUCUGAAUCUGAUCACCUCCUGAUGGAGCAAAGGUUAAUGCAGGAGAUAUGGAAGGGUGCAGCAGCAGCAGCAGCACACGAUCACCAUGAUCAAGAAGCAGCCACCGCCGCUGCUCUCCAUCACGAUCAGCACGUCCGCCGUCUCGACCACAUCGUCGCCGGCCGGCCACCGCCGCCGCCGGCGUCGAGCAGCAGCGGCGGCGGCGGCGACACGAUGGCCAGCUCCCUCGACUGGCUGCUGGCGUCGCGGCGGCAGGAGCAGCACAAGUACGGUGACCGCCACUACGACGACGACGACGGCGGCUACUACACGGCGGCUCACCGUGGUCAAGCUGCGGCGGCCAUGUCGGCGGCGGCGGCGGCGGCGAGCGGCGUAGUGAAGGAUCGUCGACCGAGCCUGGAGAUGAGCCUGGGGAGGCAGGGGUGGGAGAUCAGCAUGGAGCAGCGAAGCAGCGUGGAGUACUCUUCCAAGGAGCUAACCCUCCUCAAGUGCUUGUGAAAUUGAAUUGAUUGAUUGGUUAUAAAUCUUAUGGCUUUUCACUUAAUUAUUAUUAUUAUUAUUACUAUUAUUA